GCAACGGCGCGAUGACUCACGUCGAGGCGUGGGGAGCCGAAUACGGUGCACUAGAUGAAUAUAUUUUUGAGCUUCCAGGCCCAGGUGACGUUUGGCAGGAACAACAGAACGCUAUCUUGUGGUCCACGAAUUCGCGCGAAGAGUCGCCCCAUGGAGAUAUCGCAAUGCAACUGUUCAAUAACAACCUCCUGCCGGGGACCACGGCUCCAAAUACAUCGAGCGUUAACCAGUGUGUGAAUGAGUGGCCCGGUGACUUCGGAUUCAGCGCCGUAAUCGCGAGUACACCGAAAGCCGGAAAAAACGUAAACUGGACGUAUUCCGAGAAGCUUCGCAAGCUUUACGCUGUCGUUAACGCAGCAUGCCCCAUUAAGUUUGUCACCGACCGAGCGCCGCCUGAAGGUUCGUUCGUCUGUGCUGUCGCUGUUUUUCGAGAAUCCGAGUCCAGGCGAGAAAAUGUAUUGCGGUGCCCAGCGCACCGCACGCCUGAAGACGCGCUCGACGCCGGCGCGCGCGUGGACCAGUGGUUCCACUGUGACCACCCGCAAGCUCAAAACUGCUGCGACAUGCCCAACGGUGGGCGUUACUGCGUACGCCUGCCGUUAGGGACGGAGCCUUUCAGCCUGACCUUUGGCUGCCGAAACAGCUGUCCCGGAGGACUUCGACGAAGGGCUACCGAAAUGGUAUUCCUGCUGCAAUCACCCGAGGGCCUGGACUUGGCACGCAGCGUUGUUCAGGUGAAGGUUUGCGCCUGUCCAGGGCGCGACCGAAGACACGAUGAGCAGCAGGGCGAAGACGAGAGCGCGCAGAGCAGGCAGCCCGCGCCGCUUUGCCGUCAACGAGCAUGCAUCGAGACACCGACGGGUCAAGCUCGGACAGCGGAGGAGAAGGCCGCGGCGGUGCCCUCUUACUACGCGUCAAAGGUCGAGAAAUGUACAGAUUUUUGUAUAAGCUUCACAAGUCUCUCGAGAUCUCGCAUGCAACGAAUACAUCAGAAUCAGAUGAUUAACCAGACGAGUUAAUUGCGUCAUGUGCGCUAGAAACAUAGCGAGUCAAACAAGUAUGAGUCACUUUAUGCACUCGUAACUACCGAGUGACGAACAUAUCCUCAACUAAAUUCCGUAUCUGAUGUAAUCGGUGCACUCAUGAGUGAUAGUUGGAUGAAGAGGUCAGCUGGCCAUGUGCCAAAAUUGCGUAUCCCAAUUUAAAUGCGUGCAGUGCAUGUAUGCUUGACCAGGUGAACCAGUGGAGCUUAAAUGCGCGUUUUUACGCUCACAUUUUACACAAGGGUCAAUCCAUGCCAAACGUCCCAACCAUUUUGGCGACCAUCUCAAAUGUAAUUGAAAAAGAAAUUGUGCCGAUUUAUUGCAUUGUAAACAGUGAAACGGUAGAAUAUUUCCGAGAGAAAACAAUUUUUUUUGGUCACGUGGCUGUCUUAUGAACUUCCUGGAAUAUCGUUUUGGUGUUGUUUGUGGAAAAAUUUAUUUUAAAGGUACCGCUCUUUCUUUCUGUGCCAAAUUUGGUCUACACGUUAAAUGACGGUUCUUGUGUAAGUUUUGUGAAUCUCAGUAGUUGCGGAAUUUUUGUGGCACAAUCGCCUCCAAAAAUGUACCCAAAAUGUGUCAUACUUGCAUUUUUACUAUUACAAUACUGCACUUGGUAUGAAUAUGUGAGUAGAAAAUACUUUCUUCACAGAAGGUAUAUUUUGAGGAAAAAAUAUUUUUCGACAUCUCAAGCUGCUAAACUUUAUGGCAAAAAUUCACAAAAUUGGUCAUAUUUUUCUGUAUCGAGAUGCAAUUUUCACUAUGUGGUGAUCCAAUUAAAAGUCAAUUUAUACUUAAAUUGAAAGCAAAUAAACUGCUCUUUUCGUAUAGCAAUUCUCAUUAUUACAUUUUUUUGUUUUAAGGAGAAAAAUAAUUUUUGAACUUCCCCAUUGAUGGCAAUAGGGAAUUUAAAGGUGGCACCUUUCGUACGACCAAAUGAGAAGAUGGGCACCAAUGGGAAAGUUCAAAAAUUAUUUUCUUCCUUAAAACAAAAAAAUGUAAUGGUGAGAUUUGCCAUAUAAAAACUGGUUAUUUCCUUUUGAUUUAGCUAUAAAGGUGAUUUUUAAUUAGACCACCACAUGGUGAAAAUUGCAUCUCAAUGUAGACAAAAAUG